UUGAAGCCGUUUAUAUGGUCAUUUAAUUCAACCUGGAAUCGGGUGUACAUAUAACUGAACUUAAACAAGCCUCCAUAUCUGCUAAUUAUGGAGUAGAAAGACUCUUGGCUUCUGCGGUGUGGUGGAUCGCAUGGAAAUCUAUCAGAUUUUGAUGAGGUCUUGGAAUUUUAUGAUCAAUGAUUGGUCAAACCUUCCAUGCGAAUAAUAAGAUGUUCGGCAUAUAAUGUCAAUCUAGAGGAUCUUUCCAUCGUCUUCAUAUUCCUUUCACACCCUUUUUUUUGCAUGAACGUUGUUAUAUAAACGUUGUGUAAUCCAUCAAAUCUUGAACCACUGUUGAGAGAAUGGGACCAGUUCAGCACCAGACAUGGAUACGACAGUUAAACUUGAUCCACUAGUGGAGAGUAAACUCACCACAACCAAUGAGAGCGACUCAGCCCAAGAUGAAGAGAAAAACGACUAUGCCGAUAACCAAAGCAUUGUUUUAAAAAAGGCCGAGCUUCAAGCGGCCCAGUACGCAGGUUCAAUCUACCUCACAUCGAUUUUGCUCUUCUCUUCAUUUGUAUUUGGGUUUGGUUAUAACUUGGAUGGUCGUAUCCGUAGUGUUUACACUGCCUACGCUUCGUCGUCUUAUGGAAACCAUUCGUUAAUUUCAACGAUUGGUGUUAUUAACGCAGUCAUCACUGCGGCAUCGCAGAUAUUCUACGCUAGAUUAUCUGACAUGUUUGGCCGUUUGUCGUUGUUCAUCACUGGGAUGGUCUUCUAUAUUGCCGGUACCGUCAUACAAUCACAGGCCUAUGACAUUCAAAGAUACUGUGCAGGUGCAGUAUUCUACAAUCUCGGGUUCAUGGGUAUAACCUUGAUGAUGUCUAUCAUCUUAGCUGACUUGUCAACUCUAAGAUGGAGAUUACUCUACGAAUGCACACCACGUACCACCGUUAUAAUCAUAACGUGGAUAGCUGGUGACAUAACGUCAAAAAUUGGGCCAUUGACAAACUGGUCAUGGGGUAUCGGAAUGUGGGCUUUCAUCAUGCCAUUAAGUGCCUUGCCAUUUGUGUGUUGCAUCUUACACAUGAAGUGGUUAGCUUCAAAGACGCCAGAGUGGGAACAGCUUUCCAAGAGAAAGUCAUAUUACCAGAAAAAUGGGAUUGUCAAGACUUCGAUGGAAGCGUUCUGGAGACUGGAUGCUAUUGGUCUCCUGUUGUUAACUGUCACGUUGGGUUGUAUUCUUGUUCCACUGACUUUAGCAGGUGGUGUUGCAGACGAAUGGAAAUCGGGUAAGAUCAUUGGUCCCCUAGUGCUGGGAUGGGUGUUACUCCCAGUGUUCAUCUUGUAUGAGGCCAAACUGGCAAGAUAUCCACUAGCUCCUUUCAAACUACUCAGAGAUCGUGGUAUUUGGUCUGCAUUGGUCUUGUCGUUCCUGAUCAACUUUGUCUUCUAUAUGGUAUUUGAUUAUGCCUAUACUGUUCUCGUUGUUGCCAUUAACCAAACAGUUAAGUCUGCAACAAGAAUUGUCAUUCUUCAUGCCUUUGUAUCCAACAUUGGUGCUCCCAUAUUUGCUGUUGUUGUUGCAUACGUGAGGAAACUGAAGGGAUUCCUCAUUUUGGGAUUUGCCAUUUGGAUGGUUGCCUGUGGUCUUUUCUACAACUACAGAGGUGGUGAGUACUCCAGGGACGGUAUCAUUGCAGCAUUCUGUAUAUGGGGUCUUGGAACAGUGUUUUUCAGCUUACCUUUGAUUGUGGCUCUCCAGGCUGCCACGUCCCAUAAGAAUUUGGCCAUAGUUGCUGCUUUGGCAUCUACUAUGAACAGUAUUGGAUCAGCUGUUGGUAACUCUGUCUCAGGUGCAAUUUGGACCCAACUUCUUCCUUCAAAACUUGAAAGUCUGUUGGGUAAUGCUACGUUGGCACAAGCUGCAUAUUCAAGUCCAUUUACCUUUAUCAAGACUUAUACAUGGGGCACACCAGAAAGAGAGGCUGUUGUUCAAUCGUACAGGUACAUCCAAAGAUUGGAGACUAUUGUGGCCUUGUGUUUCUGUUCUUUGCUUGUCGUCUUUGCCCUGUUCUUGAGAGACCCAGUUCUGCCAGAUAAAGUUGCUCAGGAUGAACAGCUUAAAGAAGGCGAAAUGGUCGUUACUAACGACCAUGAUCCAAUUGCAAACUUCUUUAGAGGCAUCUUCAAGAGAGAUAACCACCACCACCAGGAUUCCUCACUAGAGAAACCUCUGGAGAAAUAGUUGUGAGAUUAAUUGUAUGUAUAUAAUGUUCAGAAUAGUUUGUGUAUGUGUG